AUGGCGGCGGCGGCGGAGGCCGGGGAGGUGAGGACGGACAUGUGGGGCCAGGAGUACCGGACGGCGUCGGCCGACUGCGCGGCGGCGCUGGACGACUACUACGCGCAGACCAUGGCCUUCGGCCGCCACCGCGGCCGCGCCGUGCUCCGCGCCGCCGCCGCCGACCCGUCCUGCGCGCUCGCCGCCGCGCUCGCCGCGCACUUCGUCGCCCCGCGCGACCACGCCAAGGCCGCCGCUUUCCUCGCCGCCGCCGCCGACAGCCUCGACAAGGGGACGGAGUACGAGAGGGCGGUGUUCCGGGCGCUCUGCGCGCUCGUCGGCGACGAGAGGGAUACAGAGGUGGCAAUCGAGCGGCACUUCGAGUUGCUCAAGGAAUUCCCCAGGGAUCUCAUGUCCCUCAAGAGGGCGCAGCUCAUCUGCUUCUAUGUGGGACGCCCGGAUACGUCCCUCAAAUUUGUCCAACAAGUUUUGCCAGAGAACCAAGAUCAAAACUUUAUAUACGGCAUGCUCGCUUUCCCUUUGCUAGAGCUCGGGAGAAUGGACGAAGCUGAGGUAGCUGCAAGGAAAGGCUUGGCUAUAAACAAGAACGACUUCUGGUCACAGCAUAAUAUGUGCCAUGUUUUCCAGCAGGAAUGUCGCUUCAGAGAAGCUACUGAGUUCAUGGAAUCAUGUUCUCCAUCAUGGACAGCAUGCUCAUCAUUUAUGUUUACCCACAACUGGUGGCAUGUCGCAGUCUGUUACUUGGAAGGUGAAUCCCCUAUUAGCAAAGUUCUGGAGGUAUAUGACCAAAACAUCAUGAAGGAACUCGAUAGAAGUGAUAGUGAGGCAGCAGAGGUCUAUUUGAAUGCUCUUGGUUUGCUACUUCGUUUAUAUGUACGCGGUGAGAUAGGUCCAGCCAAGGAGAGGUUAAAAACAUUACUAGAUGAGCUUAAGAAUGAGUCCAUUUGGCAUGCGGAAUGGCUCCUUGAUUUACUUAUAUUAUGGGCAUUAUCAACUAUGAAUGAAAGUAAAGAAGCAGAAAAUCUGCUGGACUCGCUGCGAAAAAGAGUCUCUUCGAUGGAAGCAAAGAGACAGAAAGUGAUGCACAAGGCAAUUCAGCUAGCAGAUGCUGUUUCUAAAUAUGGAAAAGGAGAGAACAAGGCGGUGUUUGACAUUUUGGGUCCAGACUUCGACGGGCUUAGCUAUAAAAUGAUUGGUGCAUCAGAUGAGCAAGUGGACGUCUUCAAUGAAGUUUGGUACACUGUCCUAAUAAAUGCUGGAGAAGCUUCUACAGCGAUUGAAGUACUCGUCAAACAAAUUAGCAAACGAGAUGGUGCACCUUUCUUGUGGCGCUUGCUGGAGAAAGCAUACUCGGUGGAAGGCAGAGGUGUAGAUGCUUCGGUGGCUUCCGAAAAGGCAAAUGCUCUACAAGCUACUUAUUUCCAUUAGCAUCGAUUUCCAACUUGCUUGUGUAACUUCAUAUGUACUUGUUGAUAUAUGGUGAUACACGUGUGCUGUUACGCAAGAAGAAAAUUUACUUAAUAAAUGAUAUAACAUUUUCCAAAAAGAAGAUAAGAAUACCAAGUUAGCUUC